AUGCGACUACGACGGCUUCUGCAACUUUAUCAGGGACGCCUCGGAGAGCCGCGUGCUGGAGCGCAGGAGCGCGACAGAGCUGUCAGUGCUCAUGGUACAGUGCCACUCGUUCCUCAUGCUCACUAUCCCCAUGACUAUGGCGCUGCGCGUCAAGGAAGACCCGGAAGCGCGCGUCGUGCGCAUGGACCUGGAGCGUGGACUCGGCGUCAAGCAGUACAAUGGAGUGUGGAGCGCGGAGGAGCGCCCGGACGGCAGGUGCCUGAUCCGCUGCACGCUGCUCGCGCUGUCGGCCGUGCCUGCCCCCGGCUUUUUAGUCGACGGGCUCAUGUCGCAUGCCACGAUGUCCACCAUGGAGCAGCUGCGCGUCGAGUGCAUUCGCAGGUCGUCUGCGGAGGGCCCGAGGUCCCCGCGGAGGCAGGGCACCGUCGCGCCGGUCGAGGCUUUGGCGGGGGCGAGGGGCGGAAUAGAGGCGCUGAGUGUAUAGAGCCGGCGUAG